CGGUCGUCAUUAGCACAACUGGUCCGUCGUUUGAAUUGUUGGUGAUACCGAUUAAGUACUUUCAUUCUUUUUAAUCGGUUCGUACUAAAUUUUUUCGAGUUUCAAUUGUGUCAAAGGUUCCUCGUUAUGAACUUUUGUGAUUCUGAUUUCGUACACUAAGUUUCCCCGACAUUUUUUCUAAUUAUUCUAAUCUACAAUCGCAUGAAUGAACGAUAUCACGGUGGAAUCGUUGGUGAUACCUUUAGGUACUUAAAAGUUUAAGUAUCACGUAUGUACGGUGUUUGUUUUACACCCGUCGGUAUCAUUCUAUUAACAUCGAGCAAUACUUGAAGAACUAAAGAAGAUAACCAUCGAAAGACGGUGAUAUUUUUUUGAAAGUGACAAUCAGAGAAGAUGAGCUGGAACACGCAAGUGAACGCUAUGGAGAUAAAUUACGCGGCGACAGAACCUGGUGAAGAGGUAGUAAUUACAGGUAUCGCUGGUCGAUUUCCAGAAAGUGACAACGUGAAGGAGUUGGAAGAAAACUUGAUGAGCAAGAAGGAUCUGAUCACAUCGAAUUAUUCGCGAUGGAGGCUAGUUCACGCAGAAAUUCCACGGGAUGGCGGCAAAGUAAAUGGUUUGUCGAAGUUCGACGCGAUCUUUUUUGGAGUCCAUUAUAAGCAAGCGCAUACGCUAGACCCCAUGUGUCGGAUGCUGUUGGAACACAGCUACGAAGCACUCAUCGAUGCAGGAAUAAAUCCUAGACAACUCAGAGGAACCAAUACCGGCGUUAUUGUAGGUUCUUGCAUCAGUGAGUCGGAGAAAACGUGGUUUUACGAGAAAUUGCAAGCAAAUGGCUUUGGUAUUACUGGAUGCAGCAGAGCCAUGUACGCUAACAGAAUCUCCUACUUUCUGGGUUUACAUGGUCCAUCUUAUGCAAUAGAUACAGCCUGCAGUUCCAGUUUAUACGCGUUAGAUCACGGUUACAGAAUGAUACGGAAUGGAAUCUGCGACACGGUGAUCGUCGGUGGCUCGAAUCUUUGUCUUCAUCCUUACGUAUCGCUACAAUUCUCACGUCUUGGUGUACUCUCCAACGACUGUCGCUGUAAGACUUUCGAUGCCAGUGCUAAUGGUUACGUACGAAGCGAGGCUAUCACCGUUGUCAUACUGCAGAAAGCGAAACAUGCCAAAAGAAUUUAUUGCCAGGUUGUUCACACCAAGACGAACUGCGAUGGUUACAAAGAACAAGGUAUCACCUUUCCUUCCAGCGAGGUGCAGAAGAUGCUUCUCAGCGACUUCUAUAGCGAAUGCAAGAUGUCCCCAACGAUCCUUUCUUAUCUGGAGGCUCAUGGCACUGGCACCAGUGUCGGUGAUCCCGAAGAAUUGAACGCCAUUAACACGAUCUUCUGUGAAGGGAGAAAAACGCCCCUUAAAAUAGGUUCUAUUAAAUCGAACAUGGGACACACGGAGCCUGCCAGUGGUCUCUGUUCGGUCGCCAAGAUGGUGAUCGCUAUGGAGUCUGGUAUAAUUCCUCCAAACUUACACUAUAAGAAUCCCAUAAAGGGUGUGAAAUGUUUAGAGGAAGGAAAAGUUCAAGUAAUCACAGAACCCACACCGUGGGAAGGUGGCUACGUGGGAAUAAACUCAUUUGGUUUUGGCGGUGCAAACGCUCAUGUCUUACUGAAAUCUUAUACCAAAGAGAAGGUGAACAAUGGGGCGCCUUUCGAUGAUUUGCCCAGGCUGGUAACUGCUUCUGGACGUAACGAAGAAGCACUGAAAAUCCUUUUUGAUUAUAUAGAAAGUAUACCUGUGGACGUAGAAUACAUUCGACUUUUGCACGAAGUUUAUGCAAAAAAUAUAUCCGGUCACCUGUCCAGGGGAUACACCGUGGUGGGAUCUAAAACAUCCGACAAGCCAAUAAGAGAAAUGCAAGAGUAUCAGGGCUCGAAGAGACCGAUUUGGUUCGUAUUCUCUGGAAUGGGAUCUCAAUGGCCUGGCAUGGGAGAAGCGUUGAUGAGGUUCCCCAUCUUUGCCCAAGCCAUUCAAAAAUGUGACGCAGCUUUAAAACCACAUGGUGUCGAUAUUAUCGAUAUCAUCACAAAUAAAGAUAAAAAGAUAUUCGACAAUAUAGUGAACUGCUUCGUUGGAAUCGCCGCAAUUCAAAUUGGUCUCGUGGAUUUGUUAACCGCCGUGGGCAUCGAGCCAGACAACAUAAUCGGUCAUUCUGUAGGAGAACUUGGUUGCGCUUACGCCGAUGGAUGCUUCACGGCUGAACAGAUGGUACUUUCCGCAUAUUCCAGAGGUUUGGUAAGCAAAGAAACAAAAAUGAUUCGAGGAUCCAUGGCGGCUGUCGGUCUUGGAUAUGAAGACAUAAAAGACAUGUGUCCACCGGACAUCGAAGUGGCAUGUCACAAUGGUCCUGACAGUUGCACCAUAAGUGGUCCAGCAGAAUCUAUGAAGGAAUUUGUUGCCAAGUUACAGGCGAACAACGUCUUCGCAAAAGAAGUGCAGUGCGGCAACAUCGCCUAUCAUAGUCGUUAUAUCGCCGAAGCAGGGCCAAAAUUGUUAGCAUACUUGAAAAAGGUGAUACCCGAAUCUAAACUAAGGAGUUCCAAAUGGUUGAGCACGUCUGUGCCGCGCAACCAAUGGUCAUCGCCAGCUGCCAAAUACUCAUCGGCUGAGUAUCACACAAAUAAUUUGUUAAACUCCGUGCUGUUCGCUGAAACCGCAACCAUGAUACCAAAUGAUGCGAUAGCCAUCGAAAUAGCACCUCAUGGUCUCUUACAAGCGAUUUUGAAGAGAUCCUUAGAUCCUAACGUGAUCAACGUACCAUUAACUCUGCGUGGUCACAAAGAUAAUGCCGAGUUCUUCUUGCGAGCUCUUGGAAAGCUUUACAAUGCUGGAUUACAGCCACAGCUUGCAAACAUUUAUCCACACGUCGAGUUUCCUGUUAGCCGUGGAACUCCCAUGAUUUCUCCUUACAUAAAAUGGGAACAUUCUGACGACUGGUUCGUGCCAGUUUAUACGCAGCGUCAAAAGAUAACCACGACGGAACGAACAGUUGCAAUCGCUCUUAAAGAUGAAAACUAUGAAUAUAUGAUGCAUCAUGUAAUCGACGGAAGAAAUUUGAUUCCAGCUACAGGAUAUUUAAUCUUAGUUUGGGAAACGAUUAGUUUAUUGGAGGGAAAAUUGUACGACGAAUUAUCGGUCGUAUUUGAAAAUAUUAAAUUUGAACGUGCAACCACAAUCCCACCGGAAGGUAGCGUUCAAUUAACGAUAAUGGUACAGAGAGGUUCUGGACAGUUCGAAAUCUCAGAAGGGUCCACAACAGUGGUAUCCGGAAAAAUUCGUAAAGCGACCAAGCCUUCGCAAGAUAAAAUCGCAUCCGAGUUCUUAACUGAGAUCGACGACGAAGAAGUCUUGUCUGAAAAAGACAUUUAUAAGGAAUUAAAACUUCGUGGUUAUGACUACUCAGGACCAUUUCGUUCUCUGAAGAGUGCUUCCAUCAAAGGAACAAGAGGGCGUAUCACUUGGUUGAAAAACUGGGCUGCAUUUAUGGACAAUAUGUUACAAAUUAAAUUGUUAGGCCUCGAUACCAGAGCUCUCUAUGUACCAACAGCGAUACGGAAACUGGUGAUAGACGUGAAUUGUCAUACUAAUAAAGUGCGAUUAUUCGAUGAUAACAAUAAUGAGUUCUCGGUUCGAGUGUACCACAAUUACGAUGUUAUAGUAUCUGGCGGUAUAGAGAUACAUGGAUUGAAAGCCAAUACUAUUCAAAAACGUAAAUUGAUGUCGGUUCCAGUAUUGGAGGAAUACAAGUUCGUAGCCAACCGUGACAAAGCACAAACCUCGUUAGAAGAAAUGAUCAUUCUAUCGACUCAUCUUGCUUUAGAAAGUAAUAUAAUAUCUAAUCCAAAAAUCAUGGAAUUGAUUAAUCACGACGACGUUAUACCUGACGAAGAAGUUUUGACGCCGGUCUUUAUAAAGGUGUUGGGAGAUUUACCAUUGAUUCGUCCGAAAAUCUCUCUGGCUGUAGAGCCUAACAAAUAUAAAAAAAUAUCGCUACCAGAGGAUAUCACAAUUAUUGACCCAAAUAAAUUACCACAAGAUGGUAGCAUCUUCAUGACUGCUGCCUACAAUAUCUUUUCAAAGAAGAAAUUCGAUUCUCUGGCGCAACUUUUACAUUCCACGACGGAUUACGGUUUCAUUCUAGCUCGAGAAGCGAUCGUCAACAACGAUACCUACUCGUUUCUGCAGGAGUGUAAACUGAACAUUGUGCUAGAGAAAAGUUUCAACGGCGAGACGCUUCUAUUGUUGAAAAAACAGGAGAUGCCACCCCAAAAAACAGUGGUCGUGUUCGUGAACAACGACGAGUUCAGCUGGCUCGAAAAAGUGAAGGAAACUUUAAAAUAUGAAGAGACGCGGUCGAAUAACGAAACGGUGAGAUUAGUAUUGGUCGGAGAAGGUGAUCUGGAAAACGGUACCUUGGGUUUGCUCAAAUGCUUAAGAAGGGAGCCUCACGGUAAAAUAGCAAAGGCAGUAAUAAUUCAGGACAGGAAUGCUCCAAAGUUUUCGUUGAACGAUCCGUUUUAUGCCAAACAGCUUGACAUUGACAUUGCUAUUAAUAUUUUGAGACCAGGCAAGAUUUGGGGCACGUAUCGCCACGUACCUUAUCCUCCGUUGAAGCCAAUUUUGGUACCCCAUGGGUAUGCCCACGUGAGGGUGAGAGGUGACUUGAGUUCAGUGCAAUGGGUGCAAGGCUCUAUCGAGCUUGGCGACAAAUCGAACAACAAUGUUGUCAAGGUAUUAUACUCGGCCUUGAAUUUCAGAGAUGUUAUGAUGGCCAGUGGAAGACUGAUGAUGGAAUCCACCGUAGGCUUGAAACCGAGCGAAGAAUAUUUUAUCGGAUUUGAAUUCAGUGGGAUAGACACGCAUGGCCAACGUGUGAUGGGAUUUGUCAACAGCAAGGCAAUAUCGAACUUAGUUAUCCCCCGAAAGUAUUACCUUUGGCCUGUACCGGACAAAUGGACACUGGAAGAAGCGGCAACCGUCCCAGUCGCAUAUUUCACAGUCUUCUAUGCGUUAUAUUAUUUUGGAAAAUUGAAGAAAGGUGAAAAAGUGCUGAUCCAUAGUGGCAGCGGUGCAGUGGGUCAAGCUGCCAUUAACGUUGCCCUUGCUGAAGAGUGUGAAGUCUUCACUACGGUGGGAACACCCGAAAAACGAAAAUUUAUAAGGGAAACAUUUCCUAGCAUCGACGAUGAUCAUAUAGGCAACUCUCGAGACACGAGUUUCGAACAAAUGGUGAUGAAACAGACGAACGGUAAAGGAGUGGAUAUUGUGCUGAACUCGUUGGCCGAGGACAAGCUUCUGGCGUCGGUCCGAUGUUUAACUAAUCGGGGUCGUUUCUUAGAAAUCGGUAAGUUCGAUCUCGCGUCUAACAAUCCACUGGGAAUGGAAGCAUUCUUAAAGGAAAUCAGCUUUCACGGAGUAAUGAUGGAUUCUUUGAUGAAUGACAUCGUAUUCGAGCUACAAGAGGAAUUAUAUAAUUUCAUGAAUAGGCACUUAUACACCAAGGCUGUGAAACCUUUAGUCAGAAAAUGUUUCAAGGAACACCAAGUAGAAGACGCUAUCAGGUACAUGGCGGCUGGAAAGCAUAUCGGGAAGAUUUUAAUCAAAGUCGGAGAAGAGCAAGAACCGUUCAACACUCCAGUGCUCGCUUAUCCGCGAUUCAAUGCAGUACACGACAAGAGCUACGUGAUUGUGGGUGGACUAGGUGGACUGGGUCUAGAAUUAAUCAACUGGUUGGUUCUACGUGGAGCUAUGAAUUUGGUGAUAGUAUCGCGCGGUGGUAUUAAAAAUGGAUACCAACGACUGAGGAUAGAAACGUGGAAAUCAUCUGGCGUAAAAGUUCUAUUAAUUUCUGGUGUGGAUCUGUCAAAAACGAACGACUGCGAAUUCACUUUAAGAUCGGCAGAGAAACAGGCUCCCGUGGAUGGCAUCUUCAACCUUGCAGCUAUAUUGAAGGACUGUUUGUGCGUGAAUCAAACCGAAAAGAAUUUCGAAGAGAUCAUGAAGCCGAAGGCUGGAAUCACUAAGAGACUCGACGAAGUCUCCAGGAAGAUUUGUCCAAAGCUUCGCCACUUUGUCGUGUUCUCUUCCCUUUCUUGCGGAAGAGGAAGCCCUGGACAAACUAAUUACGGUAUGGGUAAUUCUGUAUUAGAAAGGAUCUGCGAAAGGAGGGUAGAAGAAGGUUUGCCGGGCAUGGCGAUUCAAUGGGGAGUCGUAGGAGAUGUUGGUCUUGCUGCAGAAAUGUGGGAGAACAAAAAGGAACUUAUAGUAGGUGGAACGUUACAACAGAGAGUAUCCUCGUGUUUAGAAGAAUUGGAUAAAUUCUUAUCGCAAAGUAAACCGAUCGUAGCUAGCAUGGUGGUUGCAGAGAAAUCUCCUAGUACCAAAGAAGCCAGCAAUGUUCUUGAAGCAGUGAUGAACAUUAUGAGUAUAAAAGAUCUGAAAGUAGUGAGCCAGAGCUCGUCAUUGGCUGAACUUGGAAUGGAUUCGAUGAUGGCUGUAGAAAUCAAACAAACUUUGGAACGAGACUUUGAAGUAUUCUUAACUGCACAAGACAUUCGAGGUCUAAACAUAGCUAAACUCAUUGAAAUGUCUAGUAAGGACACCAAGAAACGCAAGAAGAAACAGACCACAGAAUUUAACGUUAAAACAGAAAAAAUAUCUGGUAUGAAGUUACUGGUCAGGUCUAUAAACAUAUCGAUACUAGAUACCGAGUAUUGCGUCGACCUUCCUGUUAAACAUGGAGAAAAGAAGCAUGGAGCAUUCCUUGUACCGGGUAUCGAAGGAUGUGCUUCGAUUUUCUCUACAUUAACGCCAUUCUUAAAGUUACCUGCUGCUUGUUUACAAUUCAAAAUAGACGACUACGAUGAAUCUGUGGAGGGGAUGACGGAACGUCUUGUAGCUCAUGUUUUAAAUAGAAGUAAGGAUCGCCGAGACUUCAUAAUUGUUGGGUAUUCCUUCGGGUCGUUGAUAGCUAUUGAACUUGCACGGAAAUUAGAAGCUCAAGCUCUAGUCGGUCAUUUAAUUUUAAUCGACGGUUCUCCCGCUUACCUGAAAGCCAUAAAGGAAAUUUGUUUCCCAGCUCCUACAGAAGAGGAAUUCCAGGAUCAAAUUUUAAUCGAUAUAUUAAAAAUAUGCAAAUCAACUACUAUUCCAGAGUUCUCAUCGGAAUUGAGUAAUUUCUCAACAUGGGACGAAAAGUUAAACAAAUUGGUUGAACACGUUCCUCCGGAAAUUCGUAAAGAUUAUACCCCUGAAAGUAUAAGAAAGUUUUGUACGUCCAUCUACAACCGUGUACGCGUAAUAGGAAAAUACGAUCCUACUUCUUUACCGCCUCUUAGAACACCUAUCACGUUAUUAAAACCGACACUACCAGCCGUAUUAUUAGACGACGCAACUUAUGGCUUAAACAAGUUAACAUAUGGAAAAGUAACUGUACACGAAAUUGAGGGCAAUCAUGUUUCGAUGUUGGAUAAUGUUAAAGUCGCAGCAGCGAUUAAUGGCGAACCUAUAGAUGACAUCGAAACGUUUAACAACACUCUGAGUUAUGCGACCGAUGAUUUAAAUGCAUCGAGUGAUGUCUCCGUCGGUUUCAUAAAUUUGUCAUAAGGAAGCAGUCAAAUUUGCUCAUCAGAGCAGGAAAAUAUGCAUAUUUAAUGUUUUCAACGAUAUCUAUAACUUUUUUAUAUACCUUUCAAUCGCAGCAAAUAAAUGAAAAACUCAUUGUUAAUAAAAUUUUGUCAUGUUUUUAUGCAAAAUUAUCAUACAUCCGAAAACACAGAUUCAUUCAUGACAAACAACUGUAAUCUCGCUCAUUCAUACAGCAAAUUGAAUUGUACUUCAUAUAAUAAUCUUAACAUUAUAUUGUAUACAUACAGUAAAGAAAUAAAACUACUCGGUUAUA